UCAACGCUCUCGCGAGCCGGGAACCUUGUCCUCGCCGUGUUUCCCCGUUUUCCGCUGGCCUUCCGCAUUUCGCUUUCCGCGAUUCGGUUCGGUGCUUUGCCAAAAGUGCGAUGAGUGAUUCGCAAGGCGACCACCGUGGGUCUGUGCUGUGUUCCCGGGCACCGCUUUGGAUUUAGUGUGUGUUGUGUUCUCGAUCCUGCUUUCCGGCGACGCCGACGCCUCCGCGGCUCCAUGAUCCCGAGAAAACUCUAGUGCGUCCAUGGCGGCCACGUCUCGGGGUCGAGGCCCCUGUCCCGGUCCCUGGCGAGCGCGUGUGCUUAUGUUCUUCCUCCUCUUCUUCAUUCUCUUCGCUUUUCAUCCGUCACACGCCGAGAAGAACAAAUACCACUCAAUCAGCUCGUUGUGCGAGAAUAGUUUCUUGCAGAACCUGUACCGGAAGAUCGACGGGGCGGUGUUGCACUCGCAGAACGAAAGAAACUUGGACUGCGUCAUCACCUUUCAAACGCAUUCCGUCCUUCAGAGAUUCAUGCUCCGCUUCGAUCUUCUCCAGCUUGACUGCAACGACCAUCUUUACGUCUACGAUGGUGCCCAUGCCGUUGGCAACGCUAAGGCCGAUUUAUCCUGUAGGAACACCACUCAGACUGUUGGUGCCAUAUUUACGCGGACGAAUUUUGUUACAUUAAAAUAUGUAACCGAUAAUUGGGGAACUGCCUCUAAUGGAUUCAAGUUAGUUAUCACUGCCGUCAAAGAUCCAAAGCAUGCGUGCAAGGAUUUUCGAUGUUACAUGCAAGAAUUUUGUAUAGCGACGGACCUCGUUUGCGAUCAGAUAGACCACUGCGGCGAUGGCUCCGAUGAAUUUGUUGGUCCUCACUGCGUAUCGGACGAGUACCGGCAGAUCUUGGGGAUGAGCCUGAGCUACGUCAUCACAGUGUUGGUGUGUGUGCUGGUCAUCCUGCUCGUAUGCAUCGGGGCGUGCUUCUGCAUGGGCUGGCUUGGCCUUUGCCACUGCCCCAACCGCCGCAGCCGGCAACCCGACCCCAACCGCUCCGCUCUUGCUCCACAGACCACCAUUACUCCUCACUACCCAAUUGAGAUGGUGGAACACGGAUCAAACGGCAUCAGUGGUACAACAAUUAUUCCCAUGUCGGGAAACUUUCGCCACCCUGCGGGCUGACUGCUCGGGUACAGCGUGGACCCGGCCCGCCUUUACUCCAGCCACAGUCGGGUCGCCAUGGCUCUGACAGUGACAUUUCAUCUAGCCAAAAAGAUGAAUGGUUUGUUUAGAGGGAAGCCGGGUCCUAAGCUCCGCAGGGUGGUCUGUUACUUGGGAAUAAGAGUACCCUGCCCGAUGUUCGCCAUUACGUUAUCAUUUGCCAUCACAACAAGUGGAGUUGACUGCAUGUUGUCACCAUAGCAAUAUCUAAACACAAUAGAAGGAGGACCGCCCGAGGAAUUGUCAUCAGGAGGAAUUGAAUUAAGGAAUUGUACCUACACCCUACUGUGUACGUGAAUUGUGCUUACCAACAAUAAUCGGGGUACCAGGACCAGACCGUAACAGUCACACAGUAGACGAACCACAGAAAAAAUAUUCCCUUUGCCACUACAAUUGCUUCUUCAAAUGAUCCAAAACUCUUUCAAGCUUCCAUUUGCCUGUUUUUGUAGGGAUUUUUGUCAAUUUUUUUUUAAUACUUUCUUAGGAGUUCCUCUAAUUACGAAACAACCAUGUUCAGUGUCAUUAAAACGGAGUGGUAGCUAGAAUCUAAAUGCAACGGGGCAUAUUUUGUUGGCUAAAAAUAAAUAUAACGUACGGCAACAACUUUUUUCACUUUCGCAAGGACGUUUUCUGCUAAACGGAACUGGAGACUUGUGGGAAAGAUGGGGCGUCUUUUAAAAUGCUGCGUAGAAACAAUGCACAGGUGGACGUGAAUCCUUUUGGGGAAAUAGAAAAGCGGGAUGAGAUAUUAAAACAAACGGAAUUAGUUCUGCUUACCGACUGCAAAGGGCACUCCUGAAGCGUGGGCAUGUGAAAAGAGCGUUGUGGACAGGGUUCGAGUUAAAGACCACGCAACUCCUGUGGAUCGCUCUUAUCAUCGCCGCUGAGGUUACUGGCGCUCAAUGAUCCUCAUUCAUUAUUACGGCCUUCAGCUAAAGAGCAGACUCUUUCUUUCAAAACCGUUUGAUGGUUCCAUUCAGCAGAAACAAGCUAUCAUACUUCCUUGUAUGGUGAACUCAAAGUAAUUUGCGCGUUGUACGAUCCAAAUUUUUUUUGGAGUAAGAUUUGGAGUAAGAUUUUGGAUCCACAAAGGACAAUACCUCCUCUCUCUCUCUAUAUAUAUAUAUAUGUUUUAAGUACCACCACGUACCUAACAAGGCUACGGCGGAUCAUUUUAAGAAAAUAAUCUAAUUGUCAGGUAUGAAGUAAUUUAAAAUAGCUUCUUUUCCGCGAUUUAGUUAGAUCAGUGACUGGAGUUGUUGGCUUCAACAUUAGUUCUGAUUUAACGGUAAUUUCGACGUGAUAAUGAGUUGAAUUUGUUGUUCUUUGAGAGAUAACGCUUCAACUUUAUUGCUGUGAUCGUUAAAGGCACGUAGGUAUUUUUAGUGAACUCGAAACAUUAAAUAAGUUGUAGAAGUAAAAGGCUACUUUCAAUAUUUCCCUUUGCCGCACAUGGAGCUCUGCGUUUAUACACAUUCACUUAGGCGCAGAAAAUCAGAGCGGGUUUGCAUUUCCUCCGUUCUUUUAGAUGCAAGCGCUCGUUUUUACGUUUUUGGUUGGUUUAACUUUACUCAAUUGAUGAGUGCUGCACCCUCGCGAAAAUAACCUUGGAGAUUGGCAGUGACAGCGCGCACGGGGCAAGCCAUAAGUUUUAGAGAAUGUGGUUUUUGUUUGAUGAUGAAAUUUCACCAUGAAAACAGUUAAAAAAUAAACAUGAAGAGCAACUAAUUUUAAAUAAUUUUCCUGGGGAAGAUCCCCAGACCCCCGUUAUUAGGUUUUCCCCCUAUAUUUGUUUCUAUCUAAAGUUUCAAUCCACGCAUCACCACUACGUAAGAAUGGUAAAUAAAUGUAACAAAUACGGGCAUUGUCCAAAGUGAGAAAUUUGGAUCAUAUUGGAACCUUAUUAUGCAAUUAGGAACUAUUUCUGGCUCAUCUGUAAAAGCACCCAUUUGUAUAGGAAAAUAAUUCACACACACAUACGUUGCAUAUUAUAUGGCACAUGUGUGUGGCUAAUAUGUUGUCUUAAAAUACGCCAGAAAUAGUAAUUUCUUGUGGCAAAAUUUAGUUCAUUUUUUAAUAAGGGCCUGAUAUUUCUAGUUCAUCAGUACAAGCAAAUAUCUGCAUGAAGAAGGUAACGGAUCAAAUGUCGAUUUGAAAAUGAGUCAGAAAAAGUAGUUCCUAACUGCAAUAAUUGUAAAAAUUUGAUUCUAGUUAUUUUGCAAAUGGUAUAUGUGCCAGUUGAUGUACGGAAGACUAUUUUGAUACAUCCAUCUAAAAAUUUUGGGAUCUCCGAGUUGUACCAAUAUUGAAAGAAAUCCCUUUUGAGUUCUACUUUUGCAUGCUUUGUUUCUGGAUUCAUGUUUUUCACCGAAAAUGAGUAAAGUUGAUGUAAAAUUCCGGAUAUAAAAAAGUGUGCGAGAACUUAUGAAACGCUGAAGUACGCGCUCCAGUAGUCAUAUUAGCGAUGCCAAAA